AAAGUAAAAGAAGAGAAGGAGGACAACUUAUUAUUACGAAUUCCGCAUAAGUUUUCAUUCUCGGCAUCCAAACAAAGUUCUUAUGUGGAACCAAUUUUAGAGCAUGUCGAGAAAGUGCUUUUCAGAUUUGUUGUAAAGAAUCGGGACUACAUUCCUUUUGACACAGUAAAAGAAUUCGCACUUAAAUGCAACUCCCCGCGAAAUAUUGAUUUUUCGGAUGCAGACAUAUUGUGUCUUUUAAACUUCAUUACGAAACAUAUUUCCUUGUUUAUGAUUCCGCAUUCUGACCAAACGCUGUUUUAUGGCGAAUAUAAAUUAAAACCUUUAGAUGUUCUUCAAUCUUUUAAAAUUGAGGCGAGGAACCAUCAUGCGCACGGUAUAACAAAAUCCAAAGGAAAAUGGAACGAUGAAAAAUUACAAAGGCUCUCAACCUUAGCAUUAGAGUUGGUCGAUUGUCUUGGUGACGAGGAUGCAUUUGAGUCGUUGUUGGUGAUAAAACGGAAUCUGAGUUCUGAACUCACGGAACAAUAUGUUUUACCAAUGAAGAGAAGACAUGAAAACAAUGAGGAUGAAAUCUAA